AUGUCAGUCGCCGGAUUUAAGAAGCAAAUUUAUAAAGCCACUCAGUUGAUGAGUGAGAAAGUAGGUGGAGCGGAGGGUACCAAACUGGAAGAAGACUUUCGGGAUCUUGAGAGAAGAUCUGAUAUUACCAGCAAAGCAGUGGUAGAAGUCUUCAAUAAAACCACUGAGUAUAUACAACCAAAUCCUACUACACGGGCAAAACUGACAAUGCUGAAUACAGUGUCGAAGAUGAGAGGACAGGAGGCGAGCCCUGGGUACCCUCAGCCUGAGGGGCUGCUGGGCGAUUGCAUGAUUAAAUAUGGGGAAGAGAUGGGCAGAGACAGUAACUUUGGCGGGGCCUUAAAAGACAUUGGAGAGGCAAUGAAGUCCAUGGCAGAGUGCAAGGAUUCCCUGGAUAUUGAUGUGAAGCACAACUUACUGGAUCCUCUACAGGGAAUUGUAGAAAAGGAUAUUAAAGAUAUACAGUUCCACUUGAAAAAGCUGGAGAGCCGGCGCCUGGAUUAUGAUUAUAAAAAGAAACGUCAAGGAAAGAUACCCGAUGAGGAGCUCAGACAAGCCCUGGAUAAAUUCCACGAGUCUAAAGAAAUGGCUGAAAGGUCCAUGCACGGCCUUCUUGAAACUGAUGUGGAGCAGGUGAGUCAGCUGAAGUUCUUCAUUGAGUCUCUGCUGAAUUACCACAGAGGGGCCACACAAAUCUUGGAAGAACUCCAAACAACGCUUGCAAGCAGAGUCGAUGAGGCUUCAUCUCGGCCAAGGCGUGAAUAUACCCCGAAACCAAGGCCCUCCUUUGAUUAUGGUGAGAUGAAUAACUCCAAUGAAAGCUAUGCACCAGCUGCCAGCAGCCCUCCUGCAUACUCUCCAGCUUCAGCACAAAAUUCUGCUCCUACAUUCCCCAAUAGAACAUCAGUCAAGAACAGACCACCUCAACCAUCAUGUAAAGCUCUGUUUGACUUUGAACCUGAAAAUGAAGGAGAACUUGGCUUUCAAGAAGAAUUACUCAGCGCCCCUUUGUCCUCGGUGGAUGCCCAGCCCGCGAUACUCAUGGCGGCAGCAUCCGUCAAGCAUCGCUGCGGGCCAGGGGGACCCCGGGCGCAGCUCCCACCUUGCUAUUAUGAAGGAUACCUCGAGAAGCGUGGACCCAAAGAGAAGGCAUCCAAGCGUCUGUGGACUUGCCUAUGUGGAAACUCUCUGUAUUUCUUCAAUAAUGCCAAGGAUACUCAUUUUGUGGAGAAACUGGACCUGGGUGGAUUUGUUUCUCUGAAGGAUGACUGUGGCCGGGACAGAAAUCUGGAGGCAGCUCGCCUCAUCUUGAGAAUGAAGGAUGGGGAGACAAAACUCACUGCUCCAAAUUUGGAAUCAAGAGAACUUUGGAAAGGAUUUCUCUACUCUGUUAUAGAUCUAAAUGUACCAUCAUGUCUAACGUUGCUUCCUGGUCAGCUGCAAAUGCUUAAAGAAGUGGUGGAGAAAGAAAGAUCUCGACGUAGAACUCGUACUCCAACUCGGGCUCCACCUUCACCCCUCUCAGUGCCUUUAGUUGGAGAGAUCCCAGCGUGUUUUCGACCAGUCUCACGAACAGAAGCAGAAGUGCUUUUGGAAAGACAUCCUGAUUGUGGAAACAUGUUACUGCGUCCAGGCAGAGAUGGGUGUUCACUGGCUGUCACGACCCGCCAGGACCUGAAUGGGUCAGUCUUCAGACAUUAUCGAGUGACUCAGAGGGACCAAGGUGGAUAUGUUAUUGAUGUAGAAAAUCCAAUUCCAUGUGCUACUCUACACGAAGUCAUUGAUGCAUUAGUUGAGAAAACUGCCGGAACACUGCAACCUUUCUUACUGGAAGAACCUUAUGAAGAGAAUAUCACAUAUGUUACGGCCAAUGAUGAGAAUGGAGAGCAUAUGCUUCACACUGCAGUUCCUACUAGUCCUCUGCCAAGGGCUCCUGCACUGCCUCCAAAACAAGAUCGCUGGUGUACGAGCCCAUUGUCUCGAUCUCCUGCUCCAGACCGCCGUAUUCUGACUUCACCAGUUCCAUCUUCUCCCACCAACCCAAUGAGACGACUCGUCCUCUCUCCAUCUCCUCUCACGCAGUCACUAAACGAGGAGUUGAAAAUGAAGCUGGAGAUGAGACGAGCCAGUCAAGAGUAA